AGGCCCCGCCCCGCCAUGGCAGCGGCCGGAGGUCUGCUGGCGCGCGCCAGGCGCUCGGAGCCGGUGAGGCUUCGCAAGCGCAGGUCGGUGCUGUACGCGGCCGCCGGAGGAGCCGCCGCGCAGCCGGGCGCCGGCGCCGCCGGCGGGACCGCUGCUCUGACGGCCCUGGCGGUGGCCGCGCGGGCGCUGAACUGCGCGCUCGUGCGCACCAGCUUCGUCCCGGACGAGUACUGGCAGUCGCUGGAGGUGGCGCACCGCCUGGUCUUCGGAUAUCCUUUACCGCCCGUCCUCCGCGGGAGCGGCCCGGCUCCUCCUUACUGAAACGGCCUUAACUGCAGCAAUUAUGGGCACCUGACGUGGGAGUGGGCGCACGGCCUGCGGGGAUACCCGUACCCGCUGCUCUUUGCCUGCAUCUACAGAGCUCUGCAGCUGCUGGGCGAGGAUGACGUCCAGCUGCUGAUAUGGGUCCCUAGACUGGUACAAGCAGUUCUGGCAGCUUUUGCUGAUGUGAAGCUUUAUUUACUAGUGAAACACCUUGAAAAUGCAGAAACAGCAAAAUAUGUGUACUUCUGCCAGCUGUGUUCCUGGUUUACAUGGUAUACCUGUACCAGAACUCUAACAAACACCAUGGAAACUCUUCUCACCAUUUUUGCUCUUUACUACUAUCCAAUGAAAGGUUCCAAGAUGGGGAGCAGAUGGAAAUAUUUAAGUUUGAUAGCACUUGCAGUUGUCAUUCGUCCCACUGCAGCUAUCCCAUGGAUACCUUUGGUCUUCUGUCAUUUUUUACAAGAACAGAAAAAAGCAGACCUCAUCCUGUACAACUGCAUUCCAAUUGGAUUGGUCACACUGGGAACCUCUUUAAUAAUUGACCGUGUGUUUUUUGGUGAGUGGGUGCUGGUUCAGCUGAACUUCUUGAAAUUCAACGUGCUACAGAAUUUGGGAACGUUUUAUGGUUCCCAUCCCUGGCACUGGUACUUCACUCAAGGACUGCCAGUUAUCUUGGGUACCCACCUGCCUUUCUUUAUUCAUGGCUGCGUGAUGGCACCAAAACGGUAUCGCAUCUUUCUAGGGGCAGUGAUUUGGACAGUGCUAGUAUACAGCACACUGAGCCAUAAAGAAUUCAGGUUCAUCUAUCCAGUACUGCCAUUUUGCAUGUUUUUUUGUGGAUAUUCUCUGAAACACCUAAAAGCAUGGAAGAAGUCUGCAGCAAGCUUCUUGCUUUUAUCAAAUUUAAUCCCAGCCCUGUAUACAGGCUUGAUUCACCAGAGAGGCUCUCUUGAUGUUAUGAAUCACGUACAGCAACUUUGUAACAGCUCUUACCAGUCACAAGCUUUUGUCUUCAUCAUGAUGCCAUGCCACUCUACUCCAUUUUACAGCCACGUUCACUGUCCUCUAAAAAUGAGAUUCCUUCAGUGUCCCCCAGACCUAACUGGAAAUGAAAGCUAUGUUGAUGAAGCAGAUCUAUUUUACUCUAAUCCACUUGGCUGGCUUAAUAAGGAGUUUUACAAUGAUACACUAUUGCCCAGUCAUUUGAUUUUCUUCAGUGUGCUAGAACAGGAAAUAUCAUCAUUCCUAGCUUCAAAGGGCUAUAAGAAAACAGCCACUGUCUUUCAUACUCAUGUACCUCAAGGACGAGUUGGAAGCCAUAUCUACAUCUACAAGAAAAAACCUGAAAUGAAUCGUAUCUGAAGAUCAGUUUCUAGACUUAGAAACUAACGAGCUCAGUUUCGUAUAGCAGUACAGAAGAUACUUCACUGCAGAAAGGAGAGAGUAGUGAGACUGAACUGGUAAGUCAAAUGGGAAAGUCUCAUUACACAAAUAUCAACUGUCUCAAAACACAUAAACCUCUUCUUGAAGGUAAUUUCAGACUGGGGUGAGGUGAGGGGCGCUGAUCUACCAUACAGCACUAAAGAAUAUCAAGGCCAAAGCUACCAUGUGAUUACUGUCACAGUAAGAAAUCAGACAAGACUGGACCAAUUUAUAGAACUGUACAGCUAUGCUACGUUUAUUUCUUUUUAUAAAUAAAGACUUUUACCCACGC